AUGAACGCCGCCACCACUUUUGCCGCCACAGUGUUCACCACCGUCACCGCGAACAGGGAGGGACGGGAGUGUAGCUUCAGUAUCGCCUGGGUUCUGGUCCUGAAAGACACGCCGCCACACCUGCCGACCCCUGCGCAGCACACCCACCCCUGCGCUCGGCCACCGCGGUGGCGACGGCCCAGCUCCAGCGCGCCGGCGACCGCGGCGGAGGCCCCGGAGGCGGUCGUCGGGGCGGGCGGCGCGAGGUGGGAGCCGAUGGGCGCGCGGGAGUACUACGACUACCGGCGGGCCAUCUACGGCGACAUCACGCACAAGGCCAUCCUCGUGGACGCCGCCAGCACCCUCCUCGCCCCCACCGAGCCCAUGGCCCAGGUGUACAGAACAGUAGGCGAAAAGUAUGGGGUGAAGUACUCGGAGGAUGAGAUCUUGAUGAGGACCUCGAGGCCUCGGAGAGCCCCUCCGAACAAGACACGCACGGGAGCUCUGCCUUGA